UAUACGCUUAAGGAGCCACCACACCGACAUUAAUUGAUUUCUCUGUCUAUCUCGCGAAUAAUAUAGGGACACUGAUAACAUUCUGUAUUUCCACGAUUACACUCGGCUCUCUGGUUCAGUUUAGGGCAAAUGCACCUAUAAUAUAUUUUAUAAAUAAGAAUAUUUUCUGUGCGUUGGCCGGGUAGUUUAUUUAAUAUUUUCAUUUUUUAUAAAUAUAAGCGUGUCUUAAUUUAACUUAAUUUCGAUUAUUUUUAACCAUUAUAAUAACUUACUUUAAGCACAGAAAAUAUUCUUCUUUAUAAAAUAUAUAAUAGGUGCAUUUGCCUUCAACUGAACCAGAGAGCUGUGAUCGUGAAAAUACAGAGUAUAUCAUGCUCGAGAUAGACAGAGAAAACAAAUGUCGGUGCGUUAAGAGAUGAUGAGAAGAAAGCAAAAAUUAUUUAAUAAUUGUUCACAGCUAUUAUCGUUCACGUUCAGCAGGCGUUCUAUUAUAUAGACGCUAAAACAUAAUAAGUCGCACGGAAAUAAUAUCAAUUAAAAAUCAAAAAUGUUACCAAUACGUAUCCAAAUAAACAAACGGACGUUGCGAAUGAAAUUGCAUUAUUUUCUUUACAUGGGCGGUGUAGCAUCAGUUCAAGGAUUUGCACCUACAAUAGCGAAACAACUGGGUUAUUCGCCGAUGGUGGUCGGUUCUGUUUUCACAUAUUUGUCCAUGUUAUCCUUCUUCGUGAAACCCGUUGUGGGAAUUGUCGUUGAUAAAUUUCGGGUGAAAAGAAUUAUGUUUCUCGCAUUUGUUCUGUUAUGCGGUCUUACGGCGUUUUCUUUAAAAUUCAUCCAUAAAAUACCCACGGAAGCUGUUGCGAAUUUAAGUUGUGGCACGACAACGGUGUUGAACGUUUGUUCGAACGAUGACGACCGGUUGUCUCAAUGUGAUGACAGUCUAUUCAAGCUCAUAAAAAACAGCGCAGAACCCAUCGAAUGCCAAUUACGUUGUGAACAAAACGAAUCGUUUCGGGACGAAAUCUAUAGAUCUUGGAAUAUCGUCGAUCACAAUAAUAUCAAUAUUAAUCCAAAUAUUACGUAUAAAAACGACGAAUUUGAGGAUCUCGAUGUAACUUUGAUUAUCGACGCAACAGACCAGAUCAAACGGAACGAUGUCGUGUUUCAAGUGAAAUCGGUACACAUCAUGAUAACCCAAGUCGCAUUUCCGGUCUGUCGGAGACCGGUGAGUACUCGGUGCAAGAUCGACUGCUCAAACGAUGUCGUAAUGGAAUUGGCGUCCGUCCAAAAGUUCGAAGGAAGUGUUUUUGGCUUACAUCAGUUCUGGAAAUAUUUAAUUGUUAUGAGCUUGUUUUGGAUUAGCCAAGCAAUCACCUGGAGUCUACAAGACCCCAUAUGCUUUGAUAUUUUAGAUGACAAGCCUGAAGAUUUUGGCAAACAAAGGUGUUGGGGAUCUAUAAGUUGGGGAAUUUUCUCAGUUUUUGGCGGAGUGCUGGUCGAUUAUUUCAGUACAAGUGACUAUGAAAAAAACUACGUUCCAGUUUAUUAUCUAUGCCUUGUAAUCAUACUAUGGGAUUUUGCUUUAGCGUACAAAAUAGAAAUAACUGAGACAAUCGGAUCUAAGAAUACAUUUUCAGACGUAUUCAAAUUAAUAACUAAUAUGAAUGUCAUAGUCUAUUUGAUAUGGAUCGUAGUGAUGGGAAUUUGUACAACAAUGCCAUGGAACUAUCUAUUUUGGUACAUGGAGGACUUGACCCAAAAGUACCACAGUGACAAACAAUCGUGGACGAAAACUUUACAGGGUUUGGCCAUAGGAAUUCAAUGUAUCGGCGGUGAAUUGCCGUUAUUAUUUUUUUCCGGUUGGUUGAUCAAACGAAUCGGCCACACGUAUUGCAUGGCCUUAGGUCUUUUCGCUUUUGCUCUCAGGUUCUAUCUGUACUCUGUGAUCACCAACCCUAUUUGGAUACUGCCCGUAGAGUUCACCAACGGCAUUACAUUUGGACUGUGUCACGCCGUCUUGUUAGCUUAUGCUAGAUUCAUUGCUCCGCAGAGUUCGGCCACCACUGUGGUGGCACUAUCUGGAGCACUUUUCGAAGGCAUUGGUACAUCUAUUGGUGGCUUGGUCGGCGGAUUUAUGUACCAAACAUAUGGCGGAGAGAUGACAUUUAAAUUAUUUGCGUAUGGUUCAUUAAUAAUGGGUAUUCUCCAUGUAAUAUUUAUUAAAUUAAAUAAUAGGUCGAUUAAUAUAGAAACCACGAAAUGAAAAAAGAAAGAUUUAUUUUGUAAACCAAGCUGGGUACUUAUAACCAGUUUUUAAUAAGUCUUCUCUGUGAAAUAAAUUGAAAAUGUAAAUAAUUUGAUUAACGACAAAAUAAACUAUUAAUUUAUAAAAUAAUUUAUGUUUCUGCACUUUUUAAUAGUGGCAUAAUGUACAGAAAAAGAAAAAAUAUUACUAAAUGAUUUUAUUUUUCUGGAAACCUGUUUCAAUUGUUAACAUGAUUAUUACACUGUCGCAGAAAUUAUAUUUAAAUAAAACUGACACGUAAAUAUUGUGUGCCUAAUAAAAAAUGUCAAUAUUAAGUUUUUGAUUUUAAUACUCGAUAUUCAUUCUUAAGUAUAAAUAAAAACUAUUUCGAAUUUUGAUAACAAAAUACUAUCUCGAUUGCGGUACUUGGCACAAAAGUUACGAUUGGUUGUUAUCGUUCUAAGUCACAUUAUGACGUAAGUUAUUUAAGUUUUUAAAAAUAUAUUUUCACUGUUUAAUAUUUAUUUUUACUUAUAAUAUUGUAUUAAUUAUAUAAUGACGUCUCUGUUGUAUUGUUCAAAUUAUAUUUUUAAAUAAAUCUUUAUCUUUUUAGGCAGAAAAAUUAAGCCUUGAGAUAGUUAAAAGUAUUUUUUUUACUAUUUUUAAGGAGAAAAUAUUUUGUACCUGCCUACUGGCUAUUUUAUUUAAUUAUAAGUUACGUUUAUGGUAAAUUGAAUACAUUACAUACUAUUAUUCAUAUUUGUAAUAAUUGUAAGUGAUAAAUGUGUUAAAUAAUAUUUUCAUUUCGAUGUAAAAAAAAAAAUUAUAAUAUUAUUGUGUAGAUAGAAAAUUAUUUCUAUUAUUUCCGUACAUUGUUUAAUUUUAUUAUUUGGUGCAACCAGUGACAUAUUGUCAAUAAUGAAACAUAAUUUAUUAUAGUGUUAAAGUUUUGAUAUUUAUAAACUGAAAGUCUGAAUGUAUUGAAAAUUGUGUACAAAAAAUUAUAUUUUAAGUAAUAAGUGUUGUACUUACCUAGAAUCAUUGAAUAAUCAAUGCUAGAAUGUUUCAAGUCUCUAAGAUUUGUAGUUUUUGAAUCCACAGCGUGUGCUUUGCCGGGUAUAGAAAAUCUCAGUGUUUUAUUAUCGCAUCUGUACCGUAUCACCUUUAACAUUUUAACAAUUUUAAUAAUUGUAUAAUAAAAUUAUUAUAAUUGUGA